AUGGCUUUAAACAAUCACCCCCAGGGAACAUUGCCAGCGGAUACAAAUAUUAACCCCAAGGAGCAAAACCCGAAUCAGCUAAUGGCAGUAAGUUUUCGGAAUGGGAGAUAUUUAGACAAAGAGCAGGAGGUUGCACAAGCUAGCAAUGAGACUACGCCAGCCACGCUAAUUCCACUAGAGGUAGAUGAACCAACAAAUUUGACUGAAGUGAACCCCAACAGAGAGAAGCCAACAAGCAGUGUACAAAGGGUGAUACCUGCACCAUUCCCUCAGAGACUGUUGAAUAUUCCUUUAAUGGAUGCCUUGAGGGAGAUGUCAGGUUAUGCAAAUAUGAUGAAAGACCUAAUGUCACGGAAGUUUGAUUUUCAGGAUCUAUCCACAGUAACUCUGACGCAGACCUGCAGCGCGGUAGUGACCAGACCGAUGGCUGAAAAGAUGUCCGACCCAGGUAGCUUCACUAUUCCGUGCACGAUUGGGAGUUACGCCUUUGCAAAGGCAUUAUGUGAUUUGGGAUCCAGCAUAAAUUUGAUGCCUUUGGCUGUAUACACCAAACUGGGCAUUGGCAGAGCUAGACCGAUUUCGAUGCUGCUGCAGCUGGCUAACUGCACGGUAAAACGACAUACGGGGAUUCUUGAUAAUGUAUUGGUGCAAGUGGGGAAAUUCGUGUUCCCUGCAGACUUUGUUACUCUGGAUUUUCAGGUAGAUGAGGGGAUACCUAUCAUUUUAGGUAGGCCAUUUUUGGCCACUGGGAGAGCCCUGAUCGAUUGUGAGACUGGGGAAUUAAAAAUGAGACUGAAUGAUGAAGAAGUCAUAUUCAAUGUUCUACAAUCUAUGAGGAGACCCGGUGAAUAUGCGAAUUGCUCUCUAGUGGAGGCAGUGGAUGUGAUCCUGCAAGAAGAUGAUGUGGCCCUGACUGAUAAAGAUCCAUUAAAGGCAUGCAUGAUAAAUUUAGAAGAAAUGGAUGGUGAAGGGUUGGCCGAGUGGGUCAUAGCACUUGAAGGCCAAGGGAUUCUGGACAAGGGAACCUCAGUUCAAGUCCCUUGA